AUGACUUCAACUCUUAAAACAACACUUCAGAAGAAGCUCUGCAGUGACUCUGUGGACCUCUCUAGCAUCCCUUUAUCAACUCGCGACAUACGGCAUGUGGCGUAUUACCUCCAGACCAGUGGGGGCGCUGUGAUAUCCGUAGAUCUUAGUUUCACUGAGCUCCGGGACGAGGGCCUACGUCUACUUCUGCCCUUCCUGGGUGCAUUGCCCAAACUCACAACACUGGCUCUCAAUGGGAACCGUCUGACUCUUGGCAUCCUUAAAGAUCUGAGUGAAGCCCUCAAAGAUUCCAAGAAGUUCAGUUGUCUUGCCUGGAUUGACCUGGGCAACAACGUGGACAUAUUUACCAUGCCACAGCCUCUUCUGGUGGCCCUACGGCGACGCUGUAGUCUAAAGGGCAGUUUGCCCACCAUCUAUGAGUACACAGAAGGUCAGCCCUAUUGCUACCGUGUGGAGAGCUCCAUUGAAGAACCCAGCCACUAUGAAGAAGAGGAGGAUGAAGAUGAGGAAGAGGACCUGGAGCCAUGGAGCAUCGGGGAACAGAAAAGUUCAGGUAGUUUUACCCUGCACCAUUGCGAGAGGUGAACCAAUCACAAUCAUUGUCCCCUGACAAUGGGAUAAAGAAAGAAUGGGAGAGCGCAGGCAAGAGAUCUCUCUUCUCUCAGUACCAUUUCUCCCAAUCAACUUUUACCAUCUCCCUCCUCCACUGCAGCUCCAUGACCUUCCCAUUGCGGUUAUGUGUGAACCAACAGCAGCGCAUGUAAAGAGCCAACUAACCACCUGAACACAGCAAACGGUGAAACACGCUGGUUUGAAAUGCUCUUAAAGCUUCCCCAUUGACUUACUGUGUUGGCAGAUGAUGAUCCUUGACUCGAGGUGGGGGUUCAUUGGAGGGGGCCACAGAGAGUCGCGUAAAAGAUGCUUUCUUACGCCACUCUUUGGUCACGAAGAACCAGUGACGGACAAGAAAAUGACCAAUAAAAAAUCCCAGAGUUUGACCGAGUCAGUCGACAGGCUGAUGCAUACCAACGGUGAAUUUGAAGCUCUACGGACCCGGCUUUUAACUAAGGUAUGGUUAGGAAUUUUGUGGGGUCUGGUCAGGUUUGGUCGUAUUUGUCAGUGUUGCAUUGCUGAGGCCGUCUCUGCCGCAGCAGACCGGACCUAUCACCACUCUGUGUGUGCUCUACUAAUCUCCCAACAAAAGCCAUGAAACCAGCUCAACAGACUAUACAGCCGAGCCACGUCACGUGACGCAAGCAAAACUGCUAUGUCAAGACUUUUGCAUUUUCCCCACCUUUCCAAAAUGUUCACUUGUGAAUACCCACGCACCACUUGUCGUGUAGUUGUGAAUGAUGAUACAAAAAGGUAACGCUGUUGAAUUGCCAGCGUCUGGUUUUUGUUGUCUGCUAAUGAUGAACAAAGCUAUCUUAGGAGACAACAGGUACAAAACGUUGUUGUAUUUGAAAGUCUACUGAAUGGAUUGUUCACCUUUUUAUGUUCAGGUCAUUUUAAAUAUACCUCUUAAAUAUGUCUUGCUGUGUCAAUGCACUGCUUCUCCCUUUGGAAUCGUCCAAUGAAAUAUGGUGGUUCAUUAUGCUAUUUCUGUAUGGUGUAUUUUAAUAUCUCAAGCACAUUGAUUAAUCAUGUCUGGUCAACUUUACUUAAAGUUUAUUAAAUGUCCUUAACAUCAUGCUCAAGAUAACCUUGCCUGUAACACAAAGUUGCAGCAACACCCCAUUUAUUUUUAAAUCUAAUUUUGGCAGACAAGUCAUUAAUGAUCAAAUAAAUGGACCUUGAGAUAAAGAGCUAAUGAUUGUUCCAUGGCCUUCGAUUACCUGAGCACUUUAGUCUGUGUUCUCAUCAGGUUUGUGACUGAAAAGCUUGUUGUAGCGAUGUUGUCUUGUAACAUGAACAUCUUUGUCAUUCUGAAACAAAAAUGAGCCAAACAAAUAGUUACUGUACUAACCAGCACUUGUUGUUUGGGGGUAAAGAAAGCUCAGACGAUCAAAUAGUUAAGUGUCAGUGUUAUUUAGCAUAUAUGUAUUCUUUUAAAUGUCAGUUGUGUGUAUUUGUUUAAUGUUAUCUUAAUGUUUUCCCAGUGUUGUUGUUGACUUCAGACUAUUAUAUUCUAUGUAAUAUUCCACAACACGUGCUAAUAAGUGUCCAUUUUUAAAGGGCCUACAAAUUCAAAUGAUGAAUUGCCCUCUUGUUAACUUUCCAGAACUGAAUAUUCAAUUCAUUUGGACUAUUUAGUACCUGUGACAAAUUAAUUCAUAAAAAACAUCACUCUUUGCAUUUGUUGUUUGGCUCUGUGUCCAGAUCAUAACAAUUAUCUGGCUUGUGAUCUGCUCAUCUGGGAUGUUUAACCUGCAUAAUCUGCGUAAAUCUGUUACUCAUAAACACCACGAUGGUGUCAAUACCCACAAUGCUAAGCAAGCUGAUACACUCAAUGUCCGAUUAUUGAUAGAAGGCAGCUUAUUUGUGAUGUUGUUUUUGUGUCAGUCUGAAUUAGCUUUCUCUGUCCGUGUCAUAUACUGUGUCCUCUGAAUCUGUGCUUCAAACAGUUUAUAAGAUUGACUGUUCAAUGCUUCUGUAAUAAACUUUUAUUAAU